AUGGCUUCCAACGCCAACGCCCAGACCCAGAGGGACAUCUCGUCGCUCUAUGCCCGGGUCCAGACGCUGCUGGUCAAGCAGCUGCAGAACGUCUGCCAGGUCAGCGGUCUUAAGUCGAGCGGUGUCAAGGCCGAUCUGCAGAAGCGCAUCCUCAACGCCCUGUACGAGAAUGUCAAUGCCGACCCGGCACAAUACGGACACAUCAAGGACGCGAUCAACAACGUCAUGGCAGGCUCAGGUCGCCACGUGAGCAACGGCAGCUCUGGAGCCGGCGGGCCCUACGGCCGGGCAGGCGGAGGAGCAGCAGGAGGAGCAGGAGGAGCCGGCGCAUUCUCAGCAGCCCCGACCACACACGCGACGGCGCACCCGCCCGUCUACGGCCAGAACAGCUUCAGCGGCUUCGGCAGCCAGGGCCGCGCUGGCUAUGGCGCAGGAGGAGCCGGCGCAUCGGCUUCCGCGCCGCAGCGGCCCGGUACGAUGCCCUUCCGCCCGUUUACCUGGCACUCUCCUUCCCCGUCCUCAGGUCUAAUCUCGCGUCCAGCACUCCAGUUCAAGGCCAGCCCCUUCCACAAGAUGGAGCAGAUCCUCGGGAACGUCCGGACACUUGAAGUCAUGUCGCAACAUCGCAACUCAACCAACAUUCCCCUCAAAAUCAGCGACGUGCCAGCUCUUGCCCGUUGUAUACAUGACAAGACGUUGCGCGUCAUGGUCUUCUGCGCCGCAGAUGACCGAGGACCCCAGGACAUCGCGUUUCCCUACCAGUCGGAGCUCAAGGUAAACGGGGGCGACAUCAAGGCCAACCUGCGAGGCCUCAAGGGCAAACCUGGGUCGACGCGGCCGGUAGACAUUACCAGCUCGUUGCGCCUGGACAAGAACUCAUACGUGAACAACAUUGAGUUUACAUAUGCGUUGACCACUAAGGUGAAGAAGCACCAGGCGGCAGAGAGACAAAAGUUCUAUCUGGCGCUGUAUCUGUGCAAGCUGGUCCCAGUUGACGAGCUGGCGGCGAGGGUCAAGGGCAGGAAGAUCCCCCGAGCAUCCGUCAUCAAGGAGCUCACCAAGGCAGCACACGACCCCGACGUUGUCGCCACGUCUCAGGUCCUGUCUCUCAAGUGCCCUCUGACCUACGGCAAACUGAAGAACCCCUGCCGGUCCACCACGUGCAGCCACAUCCAGUGUUUCGAUGUCACGUCGUAUCUCUAUCUCCAGGAGCAAGGCCCCCAGUGGGUGUGUCCGAUCUGCAAUAAGCCGGCGACGUUUGACAACCUCGCCAUUGAUGAGUACGUGAAGGGUAUCUUGGACAGUACGUCCGAGGACACAGAUCAGGUCACGAUCGAACCUGAUGGGCAGUGGGGCACAGAAGGGCGGAAGGAGCCCGAGCCCAAGAGGCCUCGAGUUUCGGGGGCGGCGUCCAUGACGAGUGUCAACCUCGACGACGACGACGACAUUGUGGCGCUCGACGACUUUAGCAUCGUCAGCAACCGCACCACGCAGACACCGAACCGCUCCAUGCUCGGCACGCCGGCUGGUGCGGCCAACGGGUCCUCAUCGACGCCCAACGGCAGCCGGAAGAGACCGGCCGCCGAGGUCAUCGACCUGACGUUGAGCGACGACGACGACGACGCGCCUCUCCACGCGCCCAAGCGCCAGAACUAUGGCACGAGUGCGAGCUUGACCUCGACUCCGGACUGGAACUACGGCGCGACCUUCUAG